AUGUAUAAUGUCACUGGGGUUCGCCCAUUGUUUGUAGACCAUUCCGGAUAUGUGAUUUUGAUUUUAGAUGAUCGUGGCUCUAUGUUUAGAUGGGUCAAGAUGUCACAUGACUUUGAUUAUUUGGGAAACAGUUUGAGAGAAG